AUGUUAUUGAUAAAAACUAAAACUGAUAUCACAAAUUUAAAUAAAAUAAAGAAAUUUUUACUAGAAAUAUACAAUCAUAUAAAAGAUCCCACUAAACCAAAUUUCAAUAAUUUAUUGAACGAUUUCAUAUUCAACUGUAAUCUGCACUUGAAGACAUUGGCAAAAUUACGUCAUCGAUAUAAUCUCUUAAAUUCUCAAUACUUGGACUUAAAGAGCAUUUCACAUAAUUAUAUUAAUGAUCUAAUCACUAUAUCAAAAAGGCUUGACGGUAUUCAUUUGCCCGUAACCUCAACAAACUCACCGUUUGACCACAAUCCUUAUCAAUCCCUCUCAGAUUACCUCUCUUUUGAUGAUUACAAUGAUUUUAUUAGGGGCAUACAACUUGAUUUGGAUAAUUUACAAAGUUGCUUACAAUCUUCGAAGAAUCUGAUGCGAUGUUUGGAUAUCGUUGUACAUCAACAGUACCCUUCUUACUCUGAAUUGGUGGAGUUAUCUCAAGAAUAUACGUUUAUCAAUCAGUGGCUAGAUAUAUACAAGUCUACAAUUGAACCUUCAAUAGAUGAGCACUUAAGAUCGGUUGAAUCGCAUUGGAAUCAACUUAUUGACGCCGAAUCGAAUGAUUUGACAGAACAAGAGGAAAUUAUACUGACACAAGAUGUGGAGGAGCUUACGUUGAUCGUUAAUGAAUCUCAAGAGACUCUCGCGGAAGCUGAGAUAAUGCAGAAGCGCUCAGAUAACUUGCAAGCCAAUUUUGAGAGACAAGUCAACUUUAUACAGGAUCAAUUAAAUGAGCAGCAGUCUAUCAAUGUGACUAUCAACGAAUCAAUCGAAUUAGAAAAUGAUAUAGAAAUCUAUUUUGAUAAACUCUCAAAUGAUAUCAAAUCAAGACUGAAGUCAUCUCAGGAGUUGUUCAAUCGGUGGUCUAACUAUCUGCGAAUGAAUGAGCAUCUAUCUGGUGAACUCAAACGUCAAGAAGAUAUUAGAAAGGAGAUUGAACGGAUCAGAGUUGAUGCCAACAAUCAGAUUCAGAAUCUAUACAACCACAGUCAAAUAAAAGCCGAUAAGUUUUGGAGAGAAAAUGAAGCAUACCUUCCAGCCAAUCUAGUUGAGACUUUCAGAAGCAAUCUAAUUCUACAGCUCGACUAG